AUGAGGAACCAGAUCACAAGCUUUGUACAGAAGGAAGGAGAGUCACUUUAUGAAGCUUGGGAACGCUACAAGGAAUUAUUGAGGAUGUGCCCUCACCAUGGACUGGAGAAGUGGUUAAUUGUUCACACCUUCUACAACGGGCUCACUUACAACACACGGAUGACUGUUGAUGCUGCUGCAGGAGGAGCUUUGAUGAACAAAACAAUAGACGAGGCAUACACUCUCAUUGAAGACAUGGCUCAGAAUCACUAUCAAUGGGCGAACGAGCGUGCUCCUCAGACAUCAAAAGGUGGCAAGUAUGAAAUAGAUGCUUUAGAUCAUAUAUCCUCUAAAGUUGAUGCUUUAUUUAAGAAAGUUGAAGGCUUGAGUAUUAAUUCUGUGGCGUCUACUUCAAUUUCAUGUGAGAUAUGUAGCUAUGUGGGUCAUUCUGCACUUCAAUGUCAAUUAGGAAACCCCCCUUCCAUUGAUACUUCUGGUAAUGAGCAAGUUAACUAUGUUAAUAACUUUAAUCAGAAGGGAGACCCAUUCUCCAAUACUUAUAAUCCGGGGUGGAGGAAUCAUCCUAAUUUUUCUUAUAGAAACCCACCUGGAAAUCUCAUGCCUGCAUCUAAUUUUGGUUCACCUGGUUUUCGUGCUCAUCAAUCCAAUUUCCCUCCUCAAAAGUCAAAUUUGGAAAAUAUGAUGGAGAAGUUUGUGACGAAUCAAUCAAAAUUGAAUGAAGAGUUUAAGCAGCAACAACAAACCACGAAUGAGGUGGUAAAACAAUUGGCCUCUAAGAUGGAUUCCCUAGCUACGCAUAACAAGAUGUUAGAGACAGAAAUCACCCAAUUGGCACAAAAUAUUAGCUCUUCCUCUAGGCCUUCAGGCAUGCUACCUGAACAACCCGAGACAAAUCCCAGGAGUCAUGUGAAUGCUAUAACUCUUAGAAGUGGAAAACAAUAUGAAGGACCCAAGAUGAAGGAAAAGAGACACAAAUCACUCAAUUGGCGCAAAAUGUUAGCUCUUCCUCUAGGCCUUCAGGCAUGUUACCUGGACAACCCGAGACAAAUCCCAGGAGUCAUGUGA